CUCAAAAAUGAGCUUUCCCCAAUAAGAUUACUUGGCAAUGUUAAAAGCUAAACCUCCUGUUUAUGCUCCAGUAUAAUCAACAGCAUAAACUCCAAUGAUCUAUCCUAAUCCUCAGUUCAUGUAAGUACUAAUUUCUAAUUUACUCUAUUAUAUACCCAAUAUACAUAUUACUCUAAACUCUUAUACCAUUUUAGGUCUCCAUUAAUAAACUAUUCAUCAUAUUAUGUAAUGAUGCAGCAAUUGUAAUAAAUGCAAUAGAUGCAACAACUACCUUAAAUGGCUCCUAUGCGAAUUCCAAUGAUACCAUAAACACCUCACUUACAAAUUCUACCUUAACAGAUUAUUCCAUUCUAAACAGAGACACAGAAUCCAGCUUAGUAAAAAAUAGAUCAAAACAUUCCUGUAUCUGUAAAAGGUACAAAGGUUAAACUAAAUCUCAAAAUGAUAAAGGAAAUACCUGUAGAAGAGGAUAGUAUUCUAGAUUAUGAUGAAAUAAGAAAGUAAAGUGGAGAUCACUCAUAUAUAAAUUUGAAGAGAAAACGACGACUUCUAGAUCAGUAAGAAGCACCCUUGAUGUAGACUCGAAGGAGAAGUGAACAAUCAUAAUGUAUGAAUACAAAUUAUGUUUUAUAGAUUUAGAAAUUCGAGAAAUGUUGAAAGUUAAUGAUAAGGACAUGUCCGUUAUUUUAGAGGUUUAUCCUGAUACCAAAAGCUUACUCUAAGAAUUAAAAAAAGGAAACCUGAAGAAGGAAAUUGAAAAGUUAUUACUCAAAUGA